CCCUCGAGGUGAAGCUGUCCAGCACGGAGAAGCGGACGGCGCCGGGCGCCAAGGGCGCGGCCGCCAAGGGCUGGGCCGGCGACGCGUGGGGCGCGUCGGACGCCUGGGGCAAGGGCAGCUGGGGCAAGGGCGGCUGGUACGACGACUGGGGGAAGGGGUGCGGCAAGAGCGCCCCGUCCGGCGGGUCCGGCAGAGGCGGCGGCAAGGACAGCGAGAUCUCCAUCAAGGUCGGGAACCUGGCCUCGGGGACGACGACGGACGAGCUGCGGAAGGCCUUCGCCCGUGAGGGCAUCGAGGACCUCUCCGACGCCUACAUCCCGCCCGGAAAGGCCUUCGGCUUCGUGCGCUUCGCGUCGAUGGACGAGGCCCAGCGGGCGAUGUCGCUCGGGGCGGUCGUGAUACGCGGCGACCGGGCGCCGCUGGAGCUCGCGGAGGGCGCGAAGCGCUCGGCGCCGGCGCCGGCGGCCUACGGGGGCUACGGCCCGAUGGGGAAGGGCGGCUACAAGGACGACGGCUGGUGGGGCGGCAAGGGCGGCUGCGGCGGCAAAGGGGGCAAGGGCGGCAAGGGCGGCAAAGGGGGCGGCAAAGGGGGCGCCAAAGGGGAAGAGGUGUCGGUCAAGUUCGGCAACCUGCCGGACGGCGCCUCCAGCGACGAGGUGCGGGAGGCCUUUGGCGCUCACGGGGUCACUUCCAUGACCGACUGCUACAUUCCUCCCGGGAAGAAGUUCGGCUUUCUCCGCUUCGCCACCCAAGCGGAGGGCGAGUUCGCCGUCACCCGCUCGGUCUACGUCCGCGGCACCCAGCUGGCGCUGGAGCCCGCCGUGAGCUCCAAGCGGAACUCCGCGGAGAUGGCCUCCGCGGAGCGCUGGUAGCCUGCACCGAGCGCUGGCGCGAGGGCGCGGCUGCGCCCCUGCGCCGGCGCGAGGGCGCGGGUGCGCGCGCGCGCGCCCGCCGUGCCCCCCCC